UUUUCCUUUCAUAGUCUCUCACUCUCGGCGCUUCCAAAACCAGUGGCCGGAUUUAACCGUUCACGGCGGUCUAACAACCGGUAAAUUCAUUCACCUUACAGGUAAUUGACAUAUCUUCCACCUCCAUUUUAGCUUCAUUUAGUAAUUAUACCCAAUUCUGUAAUUGUUUUCAUCACCGCCUCCCUUUCGUCAUUCACUGAAUCGUUCUUGUUCAUGAUAGUAGGAUAACUAAAUGCCAUAGAAUUUUUCAUUUGAUUAUCAUUCUUUUUAAUUUGUUCAAUUUCUGUCGUAACCCGUCAAUUAUCUUGUAUUUUGGUUCUUCAUUGACACUGUUUGUGAUAUUGCCUGAGCUAGAUUAAGUUGAUUUCGAUUGCUAUCUUCUAUUUCUCCUCUUAUUCUUGAAAUUAUGUUUAAUUUGAGUAUUGGGUUUGUCUGAAUCUUGUUCUGCUGAGUAUGAAUGGAAGAAUUUGUGUUGGCACGCAAACUGUUUACUAAAAGUCCGAAACAUAUACACAUAACGGGGUAGCAAAUUUUGGUAAAUGUUAAGACUAACUGAAGUUAAAUAUUUUAUCAUGGUUAUGUGGUGUUGGUGGUGAGGACUUCUUGUGUGUUUGGAACCCAACCACCGGGAGAAUACAAGAAGAAGAUACCUCAAUCACCAAAUUCAUAUUUUCACAGUGGAACAGACACAUUGACGAACCACCGGUAUGAAGUCUUACAUCUGGUUAGAAACUUGUGAUGGUUCAAUCGAGCAAGUAGAAGAAGAGGUUGCUAUGGUUAUCCCAAUGAUUUGCAGAGAAGUGUUUCAGAAUAGCAUGGGUUCAACAAAGAAGAGUGCUAUUUUACUUCCCCAACGAGUCAACAAUACAGUUAUAUUAGGCUUAAUACUCGAGUAUUGCCGGUUUCACCAAGCACUGGGUCGCUCUAAUAAGGAGCGCAAAUCUUUUGAUGAGAAGUUCAUCCGAAUUGAUACAGGAAGGUUAUGUGAAUUGGCUGCUGCUGCUGACAGUUUAAAACUGAAACCUUUGGUUGAUCUCACCUGCCGAGCACUUGCUCGGAUGAUUGAAGGGAAAACACCUGAGGAAAUUCGUGAGACAUUUCACAUACCUGAUGAUCUCACGGAGGAGGAGAAGUUGGAGCCUUUAAGAAACACAACUGAUGAUCCGCGAAUCAGGCUGCUUAAUCGACUUUAUGCCAGAAAGAGGAAACAAUUAAAGGAGAGAGAGAAGCAGAAGACUUCUGACGUUGAAGAAGAGCGGAUGGACGCUGAAUGCUCUGUUGACGAUCUGUUGUCGUAUAUCAAUGAAGAUUCAAAGGCGAGUAAAGCUCCUAAACAUAAAAAGAGAAACCGUAAAAGGAAAGAUCAGCAAAAAGAAUCAUGUACAAACAGUGAUAAAGACAAGAAGGAAGUUCCUCGUGCACUCCUAAACGGUGAAAUGAGCACCAGUUCUAGUCAGACUUCAGAAUUUCAAGAUUUAGCAGAUGAAUCAUCUAAAAUCGAUUUUGAUUAUGAUAUUGACGAUGAUGAGCUAGACCCCGCAAUGAAGGAAGAACUCGAUAGGGAGGUGGAGGAAUUCGCUAGGAGAUUGAAUUUAGAUUGGACUGAGAGAAUGCAGGAGGUCCUGUCAUUAGCGCAAGAAGGAAGGCAUGCUUCCAUUUCACCGAAAGGAAACAAUUCCUUGACGAGACACCAUACCCUUGUAGGCUAGACCAGCUAUUUGGAUAUGACUUGAAAAGUGGAUACUAAAAGUGUUCCACAAAAAUAGAGGUCUCGAUGCUAUUUUUUCUUUUUUCUUUAUUCCGAUGCUGUUUUCAAACAUCUGUAUGUGUUUUCUGUUCUUUGAAAAUAUUCUUUAUUUACAUUGGAAUGAAAUUUUGACCUCAUUUGUA